AUGACGAAUUCGAAUCGAAUUCGCAUUCGCGAACUGAGAAAAGAAGAUUGCAUGCAGUUGUGGAAACUGCAUUCAGAAUUGUUUCCAGUUGAAUAUCCUUAUUCCUAUAUUUUAUCUUUCCUCAAUAAUUCAUCAUAUUGUAUUGUAGCGACCGUAAAAAAUGAAAAAAAUACAGAUAAGAUAAUUGCAUUCGUGUCUUUACAUCUUGAAUGGAAAUCUGUUUUCUCAACUGAUCGCACAGCAUAUGUUUCCACAUUUGGGGUUAUUGAAGAAAAGCGAAGAUCCAAAAUUGGCUCAGACAUCAUGAAUGUUAUAUUCGAUGUAAUGCUAAAACAUUAUAAAAUCCAUCAUAUGUACUUACAUAUGCAACAAUCAAAUUUAGCUGCUAAAAAUUAUUAUUUAAAUACAGGAUGGAAGAUUACCAAAGAUCUCAAAGACUUUUACCAUAUCAAAAACCAGUGCAAUGAUGCAUAUUACAUGACUUACGAUAUUCCUGAUAAUUUCGUUCCUCUUUUUAAAAAUAUGUUAGAAAUAGACCAGUCCAUACAAAAGAAAGUUAAUGCGCCACAGAAUCUUGCUUGGAUUUCAUCAUUCUUUAAGAAUAAGUAA